CAAUUCUCUUCUACAUUUCCCUUUGAUCAAAUUCAUUUUUGUCUGUUUCAUUUUUCAAAGCAAAGCAAACAAAGAAAACCAGUUUUUUUCCCACUAUUUUCUCUCAGUUUAAUUAUCCAAAUAAUAAUCUUUUCAUGUUUUUUUUACUUAAUUGGGUCUGGUCUCUGUCCACUAUAUUUCAUCAUCUUGCUCUUUAUUGCCUUGUUUUUAGGAUAAACUCUUAAGUUCCAAGCUUGGGUUGUUUACAAUUCUUAAAGAGUUCAGCUUGUUUAAUUGUCAUAUAUAAAUAAAGCAAAGAUAAAAAGGAAACCCAGAUUUUCCUAGAUUCUCUUGAUACUUAAAAAGAUUGUCUUUUUAGAUUCUUCAAUAAUGCUGUUGAAAAAAGAAGAUUGACUCUUGAUUCCCAAGUAAUUGCUUCCCAUAUUAAUGCUCUCACAAGCAUCUAAAUCUCUUUACUUUCUGGCUUCAUUUAGUACCCUCUCCUCCUUGGCUUCAUACUUCUUUCAAUUACCAAAAACUUUUUUUUUCAAGGUAAAAAAUUGCUUUCUCUUUGUUUUCAGAAUUUGUCUGGAAACUUUGUUUGCAACUUCUAUUAUGUCAAAUUCGGAUUGGUUUGAUCAAGAAAGCAACAGCAACAACAACACAUAUUGGACUAAAGAAGAAAACAAAAGAUUUGAGAGUGCUUUAGCAAUAUAUGGUGAAGAUAUUCCUGAUAGAUGGAAAAGGAUAGCUGCAAUGAUACCAGGAAAAACUGUUGCGGAUGUGAUUAAACAGUAUAGGGAAUUGGAAGAAGAUGUUUUCGAUAUAGAAGCAGGCCGAGUUCCAAUACCUGGUUAUCUUAGCUCAUCUUUUACAUUAGAAUUGGUUGAUAAUCGUGAUUUUGAUACGUAUAGGAAGAGGUCCACUGGGGCUAGAGGUCCUGAUCAGGAGAGGAAGAAAGGAGUGCCAUGGACAGAAGAAGAACACAGGCGGUUUCUGAUGGGACUUCUAAAGUAUGGUAAAGGGGACUGGAGAAAUAUCUCCAGAAAUUUUGUGGUUUCUAAGACUCCAACUCAAGUUGCAAGCCAUGCUCAAAAAUACUAUCAGAGGCAGCUUUCAGGAGGGAAAGAUAAGAAGCGACCAAGCAUCCAUGACAUCACAACUGUCAAUCUCACCAAUACAUCUUUUUCAGGCAACCAUAAGCCGCCUUUAGUAAAUCAGUCUAAUUUGCUUGCAUUGCAGCAAAAGCUGGCCAGCAUGCAAAAAGUGGGCCAUAAUUGGAAUCACCCCUUUGACUAAUCAGCUACGGCCUUCAAUUCAACUCACGGGAACUGGUUUACAUCUUCUCAAUACCAGACCGCUUCAAGUGGCCUAAGACUUCAGGGGCAAAAUCUAUAUGGUAGUGCUUAUCAUGGAGCUCAUAUCAAACCCCAAAGCUUAUUGUUCUAAACCCUUACACAGGAUAUGAAAUGCAUGGAUAUAUAAGGCAAUUGUUUUCUCUUUUCUGUUGUACUCAGCGUUUCAAUUUCAAAUCUAAUAAUGUUGAGAAGGGUUUUGCAAACUGCUCUUUUUUAUCAUCUCCUGUGACAGAUAAAAUGGUUUUGCUUAUUACACAAUGGUGGAAUCAUGUAUGGCUUAAACACCAGUGUCAAAACUGUAAAGGGCUGUUGGGAGUGUGAAUGAAACAAAAAUCAUCUCAGGCCCUUAUUAUUUUAGCAUUUAUUUGCCAGACAAACAUUUGUCCAAGUGCUGGAUUCUCCAUUAGCUUUAUUUUCCAUCCUGAUGCAGGCUAA